ACCACUGUUAUACUACCACUACUUGGACUGGUUGAAAAAGAUGUUGCGUCAGUUGCUUUAGGUGUUCCAUCCUAGUCACAAGUGCCUGCUCGGUCUUCUCUCUCUCUCUCUCUCUUUCCCCCCCUCCGUUCUCCAUUGUAUUUUUAUUUCUCUAUCUCCUAUGACUCCAGGCGGUGGAUAGUUUGAAUUCUUUUUUUUUUUUUUUAAAUGUACACAUCGGUGUGAGUGUUGUUUUUCUAAUUCUCCCAAACGAAGUGGAAUGCCCUGGCGGUGGAGUGGAACCGUUGCGGAUGGAUGUGGCCCAACGGCUAGGCUCUGACCUCUCAAAAGAAACGCUUGCCUUUCAUUUAAUUGAAAGAAGAAGAAGAGAAAAAGACCAACAAAGAAGAAGAAGAAGAAGAAGAUGGGCAAAAACAGUAAAAAACGUAAAGGCACCUGGACGCCGCAUCCGAUUGACGGAAGUAGUGAAACGACGUCGGGUCCUGCCGGUCACACGGAUGACGACGGCUUCUUGGACGACUCGAGGCUGAUGAAAGGAAAGCGAAGAGUGGACGAUGCGUCGUUGAAGAGGAGGAAGAAGAAGAAGAAGAGGAAGGACACGAUCAACAAUCAGCCGGCCAACAAUACGGCGGCGCUGCGCCAGCUGCUGGGCGACAGUUUCCCACGUCGCAAGCGCUCGCUGCACUUCAAUCAUUUGCAUAACGACGAGGGCGAGGGCGAGGGCGAGGACGAGGACGACGAAGAGGAGGGACAAGAGCGCUUCGCCGACCUGUCGGAUAUAGUGGCCACCGAUUGGCGAGCCGAGGCGCGCAUGCCGCCGGAAGGGUCGGAUUCGUCCGCCUCGGUCAUGGAGGAGAACGACGAGGAGAUCUACCAGUCGAGGAAACUGGUGAUGCGUCAGUUGGUGAUGAAUCAGUUGAGCUUCAUCCGGCAGCAUUUCAGUGCGCACCAGGAAGUGGACGUGGAACGACGACGAGACGACGAGCCGCCCGACGGAGAUGGCGAGCGACAGCUGGACCGCGAUGGCGCCAGCGACGUCGACUCGUGGGCAGAAAUGGAGGAGCGUUUCGCCGAAAUUUACCAGCCCAUACCGUACGACGUCGCCAUGGAUUCGUGGCGUUCCAUGACCAAAGAGCAGAUGCUCCAAACGGUGACUAGCCGCCGGCUUCGGUCGCGCAUGAAAUACAUGAGCCGAGCCGAGAUUCUCGGUCAGAUUCAGACGCUCAAAUUGGCGCAGGACCGCGAGGCGAGGCGCAAGAGCAAGAGCCCCGUUUACGAGGACAUGUCCAACACCAUUGGAGCGCAGCCAUCUGGAAACAGACAGGCGGCCGACGUCAAGAAGAAGAAGAGAGUCAAAGCGGCCAAAGUGGCCAAAGCGGAACAGCAGCGUCAGCAUCACCGUCACUUCCAAGCGGCGCCGCUCUAUCAAAACACCUCAUCUUAUCAGGGACUGAGUUUGGCCGACAUUUAUCAAGCCAAAGUGGAGGCCCGUCGUCACGAGCUGCAGCAGAUGAAGCACCAAAAAUCGUCCGCCAGGGCGACGGCCCCAGCAGCAGCGCCAGCAGCAGCAGCCGGCCACAAUGACGUCUACGUCACCAGGGCCAUGGUGCACGCACCUCCGAUUUCCGAUGACGACGAGGACAAGCAGCGCUUCGUGUCGCGCUCGAGCAUCCUCAACAAGUGGGGCACGCCCAGCACGGCGCAGGAAGUCAAAUCCAAGACGGAAUUGAUUGCCCAGUUUUGGCGGCAGAGCGACUACAUCACGACCGAGUACAGCCGCAGCCUGGGCGGCGGCGGCGGCGGCGGCGGCGGCGGCGGCCAACAGCAGGGCGCCAAGAGCCCGCCCGCUCAUUCGUGUUCCUCGUCGUCGCCGUCGUCGUCCGCCUCGUGCCCGUCCGACUGCGAUUGCUACUGCGACGGAGGCGACGGCUGCUCGGUGUGCUCCUGUUCCUCGUGCGGCAGCUUCAAAACGGUCAGGUCAGUGGAGAAGGCGGUCAUCGUGACCCAGCCGGUCAAACUGGAGCAGCGGGUCGAUGCGGAAGCCAAGGAGAAAGGCGGCGCGUCGGAGCCGAUUGAGAGCAAAACCCCCGAACCGGUUCCGCUCAGUUUGGUCAAGCAGCGAAAGAUGGAGUUUGAGCGGCUUCGCGUUCUCGAAGAGCAGGAGAACCGGCUCCAGGAGCUCGUCCGGCGCACUCGAUCGGACGCCACCGCCGCCGGGCCUCCAGCCCAUCGCAGUUGGCUGGAUUUGGCGCAGCGUGCGCGCCAGCUGGAGGACAAGUGGAACAGCGCCAGACGGUCGGCCUCCUCGGCCGCCCACGCCAUCUAUGAGCCGGUGCCGGCGUCUCAGUUGUUGCUGAAGAAGGACGACCACGAUAAAGCCGGCCGGUCGAAGAACCCCAACCGGAGCAAGAAACGCUCCAAAGUCAUCAAGCAAUUGAAAACGCGGAUGCGAGAGAAUUUAGAGUCCGAGACGCUGGAUCCGCGCAUUCGCCAGCGUCGACACCAGGAGCUGCAAGAGUUGCUCAGCGACGCCGUUCACGCCGGCACGCAGACGCUGACCAACAUUAAUCUGGGCCUCAUUUACGUGCCGAUGGAGAGGCAGUUGGAACACGUCAAGGGGAAAGAAUCGGCCAAAAUAGUCGGACCUCCCGGCGGAGGUUUGAUGACCCUCAAAAGGGAUCGCUCGCAGUUGGGUGGUGGUAGCGGCGGCGCCACCACCACCACCACCACCACCACUGGCGCCAUCACCGCCGAGCGUUUAUCGGUCGGAGAGGCGGGCAGGUCGACCGACGAGAGCGAGGACGUGUUCGGCAGCAUCGACACGUUGAUUUUCGAGCCGAAGGCGGGCGGAUCGUCUGCGGCGACGAAAGCCGAAGAGCUGGAAGAGGUCGAGGAGCGCAUUGCCAAGCAGUUUGACUAUUUGAACGAUUACGGCUCGUGUCACGAAGGCGAGUCCAGCGACGACGUGGCCAAAACGACGACGACCGAUUCAAAAAACGGCCGACGGGCAGCAGCAGCAGCGGUGACAGCAGCGUCGCCUCCGCGCAACAAGAACAACGUUAUCGCAGGGGCAGCCGAUUCGGCCUCCUGCGCUGCUGCUGCCUCUUGCGACGCCUUUGUCUCUGAACGCCAGUCGACGGCCGGCGACGAUGACGACAGCCUGGCCAGCUUCAACAGCGCCAACUUUCAAGGCUUGCACAUGCUGAAGGACAUUCACGUCAGGAUACGCAAGCAGCACGACGAACAAGACGAUGAUGACGACAACGACGACAACGGACGGAUGGACAGCUCAAGAGCGUCCAAGUCCGAGAAGAAAUCGGUCGUGUCCACCCUGGACAGCGAGAACUACACGAACGUGGACACGGACGCCAGUUGGGAUUAUUACCCGGACGGGUUGGCGGACGUGCAAUCGUCGGCUGCCGACUGGCUGAAAUCGACCGCUAAAUCGGGCCAGCAGCAACCCAACUCGUUUCUGGCCGUGGGCAACCUGCGCAAAAAACCGCCCGAGCUGCCGACGGCCGAUGACGAAACGGACGAGACGGCCAAGCUGCUCGAAUCGCUGCGAAUGGCCGAGGACUUGAACGUGUCCUCGAGCCUCCGGUUGAUCUUUCCAGCCAAAACGCUCAAACUGUCGCCGGCCGAGGGGAACAUUUUCACCGACGUGGUCCGUGACGGAGUGGAGAGUCCGCUCCAGUCGCACGUCUCCGCCGAGGACAAAGCCGCCCAGUCACUGGGUCAGCCGCACGACGUCAGUUUCAGUUUCAGUUUGACGCAAGAGUCGGAACAGGUUGUCGAGCCGGACGAUUGCCGCACGUCUCGUGACCCUCUCCUUGCGCCUCCGGCGCUGCGCAAGCGGGACACGAUGAUACGCGAACUGAAGAUGAGGUUGCGCGAGAAGUUCCAUUGCGUCGGUGACGAUGCGUCCACACCGCCCAUCCUGACGGAAGGCGGCGUCGAUCUGGCCCGUUUUCCCGAAAUCAGCAAGAAAAAGACGAAGGUGAUGAGCAAGUUGGAGUCCAUCUUGUCCAGCUUCAACGCCUUGGCCCAGAUGAAAGGCGAGGGCCGUGUCUAUCGAACGGUCGACCAGCCGACGAUGCCUUUCCCGGCCGAGUAUUACACGAACGACGUGGAUUACGAAUCGCCCGCCUCCACCGGCAAUGCCGAGGAAACAGAUUUCCACUCGACGGGCUAUCCGCAUCACCUCCUCCAGCAGUCGAUGGUGUUCCAGAAGGCGGCCAGCAUGAUGAGCGAGCCGACCAUUUACGACCCGUCGCUACCGGAUGACAUUCCGCUCCACUAUCCGGACAUUCCUCAUCCCAUGCAGCCGCUAGAUAUUCAGUUCCACCACAACCACCACAACCACCACCAACAGCAACUGCUGGCCCGUGCGCUGCAAGAUCACUACAUGCUCGGGCUGGACCCGAGGCUGCGCGAUUUCUACGAUAAUACGCUCUUCGAGCAACAGAUGGAGUCGUAUGCGCCGCACGAAGGCCUCUACAAUAUUUCGAAUUCGCUGGAGGAACAAGAGCCUCCGCACGUCGCCCGGAAGGGCCGGAAUAAAGAGGCAAAGCACCACCGAUCCGGCCGCCGGACGAAGGAAAGAGACUCGUCGCCAGAGGGCACGGAGGAGGAAGUUUUGAUCGAUGCCGAUCAUACACCAACUUGGAGCGAGAUGGACAGUCAGCUUUUCUCCGAUCAGAAAGCGGCCGAACAUUUGACCACAGCCGGAGCGUUCCAUCCGCCGAACAUGACCCACUCGCGCAUGUCCCCUUACAACGACGAGUGGCUCUUUUGGGAGCAGUUGAAUCACGUGCGCUUGACGGAAGCGGAUCGUCGCCGUUGGGAGGAAGAGCGAUCGAGGCGGAUGCUCUUGUGGAUUCACCACACGAGUCAGGCGUCGCCAUCUGGUGCCGUGCCCGGUUCGCAAUUGCCGCUGCCCCACUGGUGGCAGGUACUCGAAUGAAAAAGUAACCCGUUAGCGCCAUCUGUUGUCGCCGUCUGACGCUAGAUGGCGCGCAGAACCGUUGUUGACAUUUUUGGACGAAAAAACACAGCCGGGCGAACGGUGUUAUUUAUUUUCCUCCUCCUCCUCCUCCUCCUCCUCCCCUCCUCCUCUUCUUGUAGUUUGCAUACACACCUGUCAAGUUGAUUCACGCUCACGCUCGACUGUUUGGACCAUUAUGAACUAUUUUUCAUUUUUUUUUUAAAUUUGAUUCUCAUCGAGUCUUUAUCACGAACCAUCUGCCCCCAUCCCGUUGAACUUUAGUGUAGUUUGUUUUGUUUUGUUUUUACAUUUUCAAUGCGGUGACGGAUCCUCCUACCAUCUUCCAUUUUGUAGCUUUCGUCACACCGACUGUUGUUGCGACAUUUCCACUCGUAUUUACUGUAGCUCGUUUGCCAUCAUUUCUAGUUUCUUUUUGGACCUUCUUAUCUUUUUCUUUUCUUCUUCUUCUUCUUAUUUUAUUUUUUUUUCUCCAGCUUUUUUUAUCUGCUAUAUUUAAUACACCAAAUCCACCGUU